CUGCCCUUUCCUGCGAUAAAUCGCCAAGCCGAAGAAGACGGCUCGACGGCGGCCACAUUCGCAAACUGGGCCGGACGUCGGUGCAAAUCUUCUCCCUACACCGUGACGAGUCUGGCUGGGUCCAAAGUGGAGGUUAACGAUGGAGACACCGCAACAAGGUUUUGAGACUGAGCCUCUGAGGGAACCGGAGAAGCACUCAACGUCAGAGGUCAACCUUGGCGACUCCAACAUGACUGAGGAGGAAAGAGAGGAGAUCCAACUGGAAUUAGCCAAACUGGAGGAAGAGAUCAGCACCUUGAGGCAGGUGUUGGCGUCUAAAGAGAAGCAACACACCGAGCUGAAGCACAAACUCGGCAUCACUCCUCUCGGCGAGCUCCGCAGCAAUUUAAAUCGAGGCUGGCUCGACAUGCAGAGCUCCACCGCGUACAAGAGAACGUCGGAGACUCUGAGCUCGGCCGGACAGAAGACCACGGCGGCCUUCAGCACGCUCGGCAGCGUCCUCAGCAGGAAGUUUGGAGACAUGAGGUCUGGCUCUAUAGGCUACUCCAUCUCCCACUCUAUGAGCAUGCCUGCCAUGAGAAAUUCUCCCAGCUUCAGGUCUUUUGAGGAGAAAGUUGAGAAUACAGUGACCAGCAUCAAGACUAAGGUCGGAGGUCCGGGAGCAGGAGGAAGCUUCGAGGACGUCCUCUCCUCCACGGCCAAGGCCAGCUCACAGGACACGCCCACUAACAACUUGACAGACCCCCCUGAGAAGCCGUAGUACCGAACUUAACAGUAUUCAUCUUUGGGUCAUUUUAUAUAAACAAGUUUAUAUAUCCAUUUUUCCCUUUCGGCUUGUUAUAAGUAUCGUAUAUUUAAGUUGUACACAUCUGAGGAAAAACAAAUGUAUAUUUCCUAAAUGAAAGCACUUUUGCAAUUUCACCCAAAAAUCUGGAUUUCACAAAAAAAUCCAAUUUUCAAAAUUAUAGGAAUUUCUCCGAGAUUGAAGAUAGGCGUUCAAGACCGAUUAUAAAUACAUAUUUUCAAAUAGCUCUUUCAAGAAGGCAUUGUGUGUGUGUGUGUGUGUAUAUAUACACUUUUCUCAAAUACUCAAUUUCAUCCAAAACGAACUUUUUCUUUUCUCUUCAAUGUACAAUUUUAUUCUUGUAAUAUUACGACUUCAGUCUUGAAAAUAUUCCGCUUUUUUUUUUUUUUUUCUCAAAUAUAACACUGUUUGCAUAAGAUUACAACUUGUCAUUUUUUUUUUUUUUUUUUUUAAGUAUGGCUCACAUACUCUUCAGUAAAACAUCUCAACGCGCACACUCAAAAAAAAGAUUGGAUUUUGUUUUCAGUGUUCACGAAGGGCCCAUGUGAAGUUAAUUUUGAGCUUUUUCUGCUGCCGUAAUGACAUUUAAAAGUUUCAUAAGGAUUUCUCUCAUGACCGCGCUGAUGACAGAAUCGAAUCAAACCGUCAGACUAAUUAAAUAACGCUAAAAGGGAAAGGGCUGUGCAAAUUAUUCUGGGACAACACUUCAUUCCCAUGCUAAAGUGAUAGAAAAGUAGAAUUUAUUCUCCAGGUAUUUAAAAGAAUAUGACAAUAAGGAUUAAUAAUUUUAUGUACUUAUUGUUUGCGACCGCUGUUUCCUCCAAGCUUUAACAGUAAGGAAAACAACUUUUACCAUAAAACUGUUUGAAAGCAUCAUUCAAGUGUCGGCAUGCGCUGCAAAAGAUAUUGUGCAAGCAAUAAUUCAGUUUUACACCAGGAAAAAAAAACAGAUGUGAAUCUAAAAAAAAAAAAAAUUAAAGUCAAACAUAUGUUCUUUUAACUACACAAAAAUUGCAACUAAACCAAGCUAACUAUAAAUGGAAAAGCCUGCUGCCAUCUUUUUUUUUUU